AACCCGGUCAGGUCGCCCGGGACGCGGUACAAUGUUACUGUCAGAGCAGACGAACAACCGACGGACUCUUCAAAACACAAUUCAGUAACCGCCUAAAGAGACGCGGAAUCGCGUUUUUCUGAUUCUUGUUUUAUUCAUGCAUACAGCCCAAGCGUAACACUACUUAUAUUCAAGGAUAACACGGUUUCCUGAGCCGUCGGCACGAGACUUUGUUAUGACAAGGGACUGAGUGAGUUUACCGCAGUGUAGCUCGCCGCGCGUCCAGCAUGAAGCGUCCAGUGUUGUGCUUAUCCACCGUCUGCGCUGUUUUCAUUGUCUGGACAAUGUUUUCGGUGCCGUGGUGUUCCUCACACCCUCUCGAGGGAGGAACAGAUUCGCCCCAGCUGAGGUUGGUGGAGGAGUUUGAUCGGUUUAAGCUCGGGUUCAGCUGGCACAACAUGUCUUGCGCGGUGUGCAAAGCGAUCUUCGCCACGCUUGACAUCGCGCUGCUGAGUGACUCAAACAUGGAGCGUGUGGCGCGUGCUUUAGGAGAAGCCUGUGUUCGACUGCAUCUGGCCGAGGCGCAAGUAUGCCGAGAAAUCACUGAGCUCUUCCGAGAUGAUGUCAUCCGUGCGCUCCAGGAGUCCUUCCUCUGGCCCUCGGAGGCUUGCGCUGUACUGGUUGGACCUACGUGUGGCCAUUUUGAUAUUUAUGCCCCCUGGAAUGUGUCGCUGCCGCGGGUCCCCAAGCCCCCAGUUAAACCGCCCACCCCUCCCAAACCGGGCUCUCCACAGAGCCGAAUCCUCUUCCUCACGGAUAUCCACUGGGAUGCGGAGUACGCCGAAGGCAGUCUUGUGGACUGUAAGAUGCCACUGUGCUGUCGAAAUGACUCUGGAAGGGCCAGUUGGAAGCACACUGGAGCCGGAUACUGGGGCACGUAUGGCGAUUGUGACCUGCCUUUGCGCACAGUGGAGAACCUUCUCCAAAACGUAGCCAAAUCUGGCCCAUGGGAUUGGGUUUACUGGACAGGAGACAUUCCAGCACACAACAUCUGGUCUCAGACCCGGGCACAACAGCUGAACGAGCUCGUCACCAUCACUAGACUCAUACACAAACACCUGGGGCCUAAUGUAACCGUUUACCCAGCGGUUGGGAAUCACGAGAGCACUCCGGUGAAUAGUUUCCCUCCUCCGUUUAUACAUGGGAAUCGGUCGUCCCGCUGGCUUUAUGACACCAUGGCUGAGGAGUGGGCACCCUGGCUGCCAAAGGAAGCCCUCGAGACGAUACGGCGUGGAGGGUUUUACACUGUUGAAGUUGAGCGUGGUUUAAGGGUGGUGUCCUUGAACAUGAACUUCUGUGCACGAGAGAACUACUGGCUGAUGGUGAACUCCACAGACCCGGCGGGUCAGCUCCAGUGGCUCAUUAAUAUACUACAAGAGUCAGAGAACAAGGGAGAGAAGGUCCACAUCAUCGGUCACAUCCCCCCGGGACUCUGCUUGAAGAGUUGGAGUUGGAAUUACUAUCAUAUAGUGAACAGAUAUGAAAGCACCAUAACUGGUCAGUUUUUUGGGCACACGCAUGUUGAUGAGUUUCAGAUGUUCUAUGAUGAAGAUACAUUGACCCGUCCACUAAGUGUGGCUUUCAUCGCCCCAAGUGUGACCACUUAUGUUAACCUGAACCCAGGAUAUCGCGUAUAUUACAUGGAUGGAAACUAUCCAGGCAGCAGUCGCAUGGUUUUGGAUCACGAGACUUUUAUUCUUAACCUAACUCUGGCCAACAACCAGCCCUCAAAACCUGACCCCAACCCGUCCUGGACCUUACUGUACCGCGCGUCUGAGGCCUACGGUUUGUCCACACUCUUCCCAUCAGACAUGGACGCUUUGAUCAAAGUCAUGAAGAAUGAUGACCAUGUCUUCCAGCGCUUCUGGUACCUCUUUCAUAAAGGCCACGUCUCAAAACCCUGCACAGACACUUGCAAGACAUCACUAAUCUGCCUUCUGCACAGCGGACGAUACGACCUUCUAACACAGUGUGACGUCCUACACGGAGAUAAACACUCUGUUAAGAAGACAAUGUGUUGAGGAAAUCUGAAACUCGAGUUCUAAUGGGUUUAAUACCACACCAACGUCACAGAAACUUUCAUUUGAACUUCUUUUUGUAGUAUGUUACGUUUCUACUUGAGAUCGUCAAAAGCUGACUUGUUAUAGACAUUGUUGGUAUUAAAAGCUGUAAGGUGUCUGGCCAAGAUGGGGUUCAAAAUCCGCAGUUCUUGUAAAGAUGUGGCCUUUAGAGCAGAGAACCAAAGUGAAGUAUUACUGGUUGAAAGUGGAACAGGUUGUGACUUCACUGAAUCAUGUGGUGUCUUAGUGCCUCAUAAAAACCACAACUGCUCAAACAUCUCAGUCUUCAUUCUCACUCAUGUGGUUCAGUGUGAUUUACGUCACUCUUGAUCGGAUUGUGGUCUGUCACUUUAGAAGUGUUUUGUUAUCACUUCCUGCAUUGACCUGUAGUUUGCACACUGGAGCCCAUUGAAGGCCUGUUAUAAAAGAAAAUGGUUUGAUUCAACCACAAGUCGUUAAACUUGUUUUAAUUGCUUAUGCAAUGAUGAAAAGAUGAUCAUGUGAUUGUUUCUCUGUGUGAACUAAAAAUGAUUUUGCAAUUCUUGUGGGAUUUUAUGAAUGUCGAAAUGGAUUGUCUGAAGGUCUUCCUGCUCAAUAAAUAAUUAUUUUGCAAGGUGA